AUGGCACUGCUCCUCCGGAGUGUCCUUUUCGCGCUGGCGGUCCUGCUGGUCGCCUGCCACGCGAAGACAGUCACCUACGAUUUCAAUGUCACCUGGGUCACCGCCAACCCUGAUGGCUUGCAGCCGCGAAAAGUCGUUGGCAUCAACGGCCAGUGGCCGCUGCCGGUCAUCGAGGUCGACAAAGGCGACCGCCUGGUGGUGAACAUGUACAAUGGGCUGGGCGACAAGAGCGCCAGCAUCCACUUCCACGGCAUGUACCAGAACGGCACCAACGAGAUGGACGGUCCGUCGAUGGUGACCCAGUGUCCCAUCCCGCCUGGCGCCAGCUUCACCUACAACUUCACCGUCGACCAGAACGGCACCUACUGGUACCACUGCCACACCGACUACUGCUAUCCUGACGGCUAUCGCCAGGCCCUGAUCGUCCACGACCCGGACGCCUAUUUCCGGGACGAGUACGAGGAAGAGUUUGUGGUGACACUGUCGGACUGGUACCACGAUCUGGUCGAGGACAUCGCGCCCAGCUACCUGUCGCUGUACAACCCGACGGGCGCUGAGCCCAUCCCGAACUCGUUCCUGUUCAACGACACCCUCAACUCGAGUCUCCCCGUCAAGCCUAACACGACGUACCUGAUCCGGCUGAUCAAUAUCGGCGCAUUUGUGGCCCAGUACUUCUACAUCGAGGACCACACGUUCCGCAUCGUCGAGAUCGACGGCGUCUACACGGAGCCGGCCGAAGCGGACACGCUCUACAUCGCCGCGGCCCAGCGCUACUCCAUUCUGCUGACGACGAAGAACACGACAGACCGGAACUAUGCCAUCGUUACUGUCGCUGACUCGGUGUUGCUGGACACGAUUCCGCCGGACCUGCAGCUCAACAACACCAACUGGCUGGAGUACAACGCGGACGCGCCACACCUGCCAGCGAACAUCACAGUCGACCAGGCGCAGGACCUGGUCCCGUUUGACGACAUUACGCUGGUGCCAUCCGACCACAUGCCGCUGCUGCCGGAGCCGGACUACGAGAUCAACGUGACGGUGUACAUGAACAACAUGCUGAACGGGGUCAACUACGCGUUCCUGAACAACAUCACCUACACGAAGCCGAAAGUGCCGACGCUCUACACGGUCAUGUCGGCGGGCGAGCUGGCGACCAACGAGGAGGUGUACGGCGAGUACACGCAUCCGGUCGUGCUCAAGCACAACGACGUCGUGCAGGUGGUGCUGAACAACGGCGACACGGGCUCGCACCCGUUCCACCUGCACGGGCACAACUUCCAGGUCAUUGACCGCGCUCCGUCGUACGGGCCGUCGUUCUACGACUAUCUGAACGGGGACCCGGUGCCGUACGACCCGAACAACCACUCCGCAUUCCCGGCCAUGCCAGCGAGACGAGAUACGUUUGUGCUGCCGCCGCAGGGGUACUUUGUCAUACGGUUUGUGGCAGACAACCCGGGAGUGUGGUUCUUCCACUGCCAUAUCGACUGGCACCUGGCGGCGGGACUGGGGAUGCUGAUGAUCGAGGCGCCAACGCAGAUGCAGCAGCGGUUGUCGAUCCCGCAGCAGCAUUACGAUGCGUGUCGGGCAGCUGGAGUGGCGUAUGAGGGGAAUGCAGCCGGAAACACGAAAGACCUGCUGGACCUGAGCGGGCAGAACGUGCAGCAGCCGCCGUUGCCGGAUGGGUUCACGGGAAGGGGGAUCGCCGCGCUGGUGUUUUCCAUCAUCACUGCUCUGUUGGGUAUUGCGACUAUCGUUGUGUACGGGUUGACAGACCUGCAGUACAAGCAGAAGCCUGACAAAGCUGACAAGCCAGCUGACAAACCCGAUGCGCCAGCUGAGACGGAGAAGGAAAUCCCCAAAGGCAGCAAUAUUAACGAAAAUGAGAAAUAG